AUGUUUGAAACUAUAAAAGACUUAUUUGCUGGUGUGGUAACUACAUCUGAUAGGAGGAAAAAGGAGCAUGGAUCUCUUGCUGAUAUAAAACGAAGGUCAAUGAAUAAGAGGAAAAGGGCGUUAGGUCAUAACAAAUCAAUAACAAACACCGAUCAAAGGAAUGCAGAAUACUUAAAUAAAUUGAAGAUGAGGAAUUCUAUAAGGGGUAAGGUUGGUAAGCCUCCCUUGAGGGGGGGAUAUAUGAACUCAGUGGAUAUAAAACCUGAUACAAAAGAGAGCAGGGCUAGAAUGGUAUUAAACGCGGUGAAGUCUAUAUUCUCAAAUGAAGACCAAACACUGAUGAACAUGGCAUCUACUGAUAUCAAUAAAUUGUUAAGAAACCAAGGAUAUGAUAAGAAUCAAGAAAACUUGAAAGAUAGUAUACUUAGGAGUAAUGCCUUUAAAAAGAAAGUAACGGAGUUGGAAUACAACAAAAGGAUGUUAAGGGAUCUAAGAAGGUCUGGUGUUAGUGGAAACUAUAAUAUUAUUAGGGAUGAUGAUUUGGAGGAGGAUAGAUAUUUGCUUUUACAGAAAAAGUAUCAGAAAAUUAAAAAGAGACUGUAUGAAGUUGAACAAGAAUUGAAGUCUGUGCAGGAUUCUUUGAGAUACAGCCAAGAAAUGAAUGCCUUACUUCAAGAAACUCUAGAUAAAGCUAAUAUUGAUGAUGCAUACUUAAAAUCAAGAAGGCAGAUAAAAAAUUUGCAGAAGGAAAAUGUAUUACCUGAGAGGGAGCUCUCUCCCUCACCCAGACGUCCUAUUGACCCGCUAUUCACCUCUAGUCCUGUACGUAAGUCUAGAAAUGGUGAAGAAAAUGGAAGUAAACCAAAAACUGAUUAUAAGCACUCCCCUAUAAAGGAAACUUCUAAUUUCUAUGAUAAAUACCCUAAGCUGCCUGAAACCGAACAACUUGCGCAAGACAAGGGUAAUCAUUCCUUAUCUCCAAUCAGAAUAGAUUAUUCGAGAUAUUCAUCUUAA